AUGCUCACCCUACCGAAGCUGACGAAGGGUGGAGUGCCCUGGAUGAGGGCCCUGAUGAAACAGACUGCUGGUGAUAAACUAUGCUGGGGAGAUAUACAUGCCGCCCUGACCAAAGCCGCAGAUGAAACAGUCGCAGAAAGAAUUGAAGCUGCAGUUGGAAGGAAGAUCAGAAUACCACUACGGAAGACUGCUGCCAUUCAGAUGUUCCGUGAAGCAUUGGAGGAAGAACUGAAGACGAGAUAUCCAUGCACUCUGACGGAUGAACUCAUGUCCCUGCAGAUGAAAAAUGAUGAAGACUACUGCAGCUACAAACAACGAGCUAAAACUCUAUAUCAUGAUGCUACAGGUGAGCCAAUUCAAACAGGCACCGGAAUGACAGUCAUGUUUUACUCAGCCUUGGUGAAAGGUAUGCCUAAACCCAUACAAGACACCCUCAGUGAAGUGAUGGGAUUGUACACUAAGACUGAAGAAGACUUUGAUGCACAUUGCAAUCAUCAUGUGACCAAGUGGAUUAAUAACAAGAAGGAAACAGACUCCAAGAAGCAGGAACUUGAGCUGGCCACUAUGAAGUUGCAACUACAUAAACUCCAAGAAGAGGUCAAGGACAAGAAGAAGGAGAAAACCUCUCGACUGAUGACUGUACAACAAGACUCUGCUGAUGGGGAUGCACCAGUGACCACCAAUCAAUUGCUGACCGCAAUAAAGACGUUAGAGAAAUCCAAGAAGCUGCUGGAGCAUAUGAACAUAGCGCAUGGACAAGACGAGGUGCUGUUAAAGAUGCUGAAGGAAUCUGGAGGAAUCAUGAAGGAAAAGUUUUGGCUCCUGUUCCGCUGCUUCAAAUGCUCUUUGAUGAAUAUCACACUCCAACACAUCGCAGUUACAAUGCGCUUCUGA